AUGGGAGUCUACCAUUCAUGCGUGGAGAAAGGGUUUAUAUCAGAAGAUGAAGCCAAGCAGAUUGCCAGCAAGAGUUUCUUCUCAGAGAAGGAAGUCUUCAUUUUAGCAAAAAUUUUCAGGAACUUAACAAAGGAAGCCCAGAUUACAAUAGAAAGCUUUUGCAAGAACCUUAGCAUUAAGAAUAAAAGUAUAGGAGAGAUCCUUUAUAAGAUCAUCGAUUCUGAUGGAAGCGGUCAGAUAGAUUUUGUUGAAUUUGUUGAUGGUCUUAAUAAGUUCCAUCCAAGGGCACCAUUUGAUGAAAAAGUCAAAAUGUGCUUCAAAGCAUAUGAUGCUGAUGGAUCAGGAGCUGUUUCAAAAGAUGAAAUACAAGAAGUUAUUAAAAUUUCCAUAGCAGAUAAUGCUUUGAUUGAAUUGGAGAAUGCCCAAAUAGAUGAGAUAGUAGAUCAAUUGAUUGAUGAAUAUGAUGACGAUGGAAGUGGAAAAUUAGAUUAUGAUGAGUUCUAUCAAAUGGUUUCUGCUGCACCAGGUGUAAUUGAGAGUUUCGACAUCGAUUUGAAUACAAUAUUUGCAUGA